CGCAGCUCACUGUCCCGUGGGCUGGGAGGAGGCUGAGCCAGUUCUGUAUGGACGCUUUACCGUUCACAGAAGCGCCUUUCUGGGCCCGCUUGUUAUUCCAAAAGACACAUCUUUAAACAUUCCCCGGGGUAACACUUUGCUAAUAUCCCAGCAGAGGGCACAUUUACAGGAUCACAUCCCAUUACAGGAACAUGCAAACGUUUCAGUUUGUAGUGAAUAGAAAAAUAUGCAAAUGUCAUUCUCUAAAAACUGAAACAUCAGAAGUGGCUCACAGGGCAGCAUGGAGCCGUGACCUCAAAAACAAAAGAAAAAAAAUGUUUUUGGGAUCAGCAGGAAUGCACACAAGUGUAAAACGGCAUAAAAUUUUAAUUAAUGCUGCCACACAUUUAAUUUGGAAUUAUUUGGCAUAAUAUAUAUUCUCUUUUAAGCCAAAGCUCUUCUACGAACUGCUAUCAGUUUGGUCUUAGCUGCAUACAUUCUCUCUAUGUGAGAAUCACCAGAAGGGGGAUCUUGCACCACCACGACUAUUCGCACCAGAGUCUUGUGGCUUGGUUUGACCUUCUGCACACCCUUCAAGAUGGGCAAAUAUCAGCCGCCACUAUGCCCUUUGUCCCAGGAGAUUGUUUUUGAAGUUAUAAAUGGCUCCAGAUUUCAUCCUAAAAACUGAUUUCUGUGAAAAUGGUGAGCCGUUGUGCGGAGGUGGCAUGACUGUGCUUCACUGUGCUUCACUUCCCUGGUGUCUUUUUUUCUUUUUCUUUUUUAGCGAGUCUCUCUUGGUUACUGGUAGAGGGGAGCGAGGUAAACAGACAGCAGCGAUUGGUUUUUUGGAGGAUGUCUGGAGUAGCUCCUUCAGAGCCCUGUCCUGCAGGACAUGCCUGGAUGGCCUCGGGGUAGUGAGGUGGGGCUCUCGUCCUCCUGCUGGGCUUUACUGGCUGUGACGUGUCGUGGAUGGUUUUUCGUGAGACUAGGUGGAACUGGGGGAUUUCCAGGUACCAAUAAACCCCCACCAGCCCCCUUUACUUCAGUUAACCCAACGGCUGCCCACCUGCGUAUGCCAGUUUAGGAUACGGGGCUUCACUUACGAGUGCAUAUGAGUGCAGGUAGCCGCUACAUCUGAUAGCUUCUGAAUUAGUUAGCAACGCUCAUCUUACAGGCAGGAGGGUUCAAGAUAGAAUCUGAGGCAAAUGUGCAAUGUUCUCCUCCAGCUUUCUUGAGCCAUUUUUUACUAGGGGGGGGGGGUGUGCAAGCAGAGUUUAUCGAUGAUAAUCUCCUUAUAACCUCAGAGAUCUUGGUGCCCUAUUUUCAUGGCUUGUGACUCUUUACCUACACUACACUAAGGCUUCCGUUGUAGACUUACACCUCAGAAUAUAUAACCUCAGGUAUAUAUUAUAACAUCAGGUUAAUAAUAAAGGAAACGUUCUCUUCUGCUCUUUCUCACCAUCAUUUACCAGAUGCUAUGGAACGAGUGACAGGGCCAUUAAUACAUAGUUACGGCAAUGCUGCACACUGACUGGCUGACAGGUGACUGACGUGCGGGGUGCCCAUUCAGACCACUGCAGCGCUCAGUCGCCCCGCCUCUCCCCAGAGGUCUCCUGUAUCGAGCACACUGAGCUGAGAAAGCCUGUUAUGGCAUCUCACACACUGCAUUUUUAUCUCUGUCUGCGCUGCUGUGUCCGUGCUGGGACGUCACCCGAGCUCAUCGCCAUGGAAACAGCGGGUUCCGGACUGGUGGCGGGGGGUGUCUGCAGGUGACAAGUAAAAAGGGAAGUCUCUUAAGCAGCAGGAGGAAAGUGAAGGGAAAGAAGAGGACCAUGAACCAAAGUCACUCUCGGAGAUCACAGCCAGGAUUGCGGAGUACAACUCCAAGGCAACUGAGAAUGGGAUGAAGCUGAAUGAAGAUGGUGUUUACACGGGCUUCAUCAAGGUCCAGCUGAAGUUACGGCGCCCUGUGACCGUGCCUGGGGGCGGGGCUGACGCCGUGGAAAAGACCUCCUUCUACCUGCCGUCGGACGCUGUCAAGCAGCUGCACAUUAGCAGCAGCACCACGGUGGAUGAGGUCAUCCAGGGCCUGCUGACCAAGUUUAUGGUGCUAGACAACCCGCGCAAGUUUGCACUGUACCGCCAGAUGCACCGCGAUGGCCAGGAUCUCUUUCAGAAGCUGGCCAUUUCAGAGCAUCCCCUGUACCUUCGGCUGAUUGCCGGCCCGGACCCUGAGUGCCUGACCUUUGUCCUGAAGGAGAACGAGACGGUGGAGGUGGAGUGGCACGCCUUCUCGGUGCCUGAGCUACACAACUUCCUGAUGAUCCUGGGGAGGGAGGAAGAAGAGCGUGUGCGGCAGGUGCAGAAGAAGUACGGGGAGUACCGGGAGAAGCUUCAGGAGGCGCUGAAUGGCAAGCUGGGCUAAGGCCCCCCCCCCUCCCCUGCACACGGCUCCCAGAAAGGCAUUGAGGUGACGCUCCACCGUGGAAGAAAAGAGCAGUGGAGCAAUCUACUCAGGACACUUUCAGUUGGCCCCUUCCUAGGUCACAGGUUGGGGCACCGAUAGAGGAGAAGGAGACAGGAUGCCAAUGAAGGCAUGUCUCCGCAGUUAAAAAUGCACACUGGAGUUUGCUUGGAGCUGCAGACCGACAUCCCCCCCGUUAGGAAUCUGCUGCUCCUGCGACCGGCUCUUGCUGCUGGCUGUACAGCCCACGCCUCCUCCCGACCUGUGCUGCAUGGGGGGGCAGCAGCGGGAGCAGGGAAGACAGUGUGCAUCUUUAGCCACGUUUCAUUCUCAAGAACUUAUCCAGGAAAACAAGGCAUGAAGUAACUCACAGUGGACCGUCUCUCACCCCCCCCCC